GUCAUCAAUUAUGCAGGGUACCCGCACGCACUGGGAAGGAAGAUAGCAGCAACAAUAUGGCGACAACCGCAGUUUCUCCUGAAUCUUUUCGACAUCUGCAGUUCAGCGACGCCUUUCUGGAUUUCUGUUAACACUAAAAAAAAGCUGGGCUGUCCUGGAUGGCACUUAACUAAAGGAAUAGCUGCUGCAGGAUGAAAACAUGGCCGCUCCCCUUAUCGCACCGCCAGGACCUGACAGCUUCAAGAAGUUCACCCCAGAAUCUCUGGCCAACAUUGAGAAGCGCAUCGCCGAGGAUAAGAAGAACAAGAAGAAGCAGCGGCCCAAGUCCGACAGCAGCCACCGGGACGAGGAUGAGGACAACAAGGCCAAGCCCAACUCCGACCUGGAGGCCGGCCGGAGCCUGCCCUUCAUCUACGGGGACAUUCCCAAGGGCCUGGUGGCGGUGCCGCUGGAGGAUAUGGACCCUUACUAUUUAAAUGAGAAAACAUUUAUAGUGCUAAACAAAGGGAAGACAAUCUUCCGUUUUAGUGCCACGCCUUCCUUGUACAUCAUUAGCCCCUUUAAUCUAUUUAGACGAAUAGCUAUUAAAAUUUUGAUACAUUCAGUCUUCAGCAUGAUCAUAAUGUGUACAAUUUUGACCAACUGUGUAUUCAUGACUUUUAGCAAUCCUCCUGAAUGGUCGAAACAAGUAGAGUACACCUUCACUGGUAUUUAUACCUUUGAAUCGCUAACAAAAAUAGUUGCUCGAGGGUUCUGUAUAGACGGGUUUACGUUCCUAAGGGAUCCAUGGAACUGGCUCGAUUUCAUGGUGAUUUCUAUGGCAUAUGUCACAGAGUUUGUGGACCUGGGGAAUGUGUCUGCGCUGAGAACGUUCAGAGUUCUCCGGGCAUUGAAAACUAUCUCUGUCAUUCCAGGCCUGAAGACCAUUGUGGGCGCCCUGAUCCAGUCAGUGAAGAAGCUGUCGGACGUGAUGAUCCUCACCGUCUUCUGCCUCAGCGUCUUUGCCCUGAUUGGCCUGCAGCUCUUCAUGGGCAACCUGCGGCAAAAGUGUGUCAUCUGGCCCAUAAACUCCACCGAAACCUACAUGGCAAACGGCAGCAAAGGGUUCGACUGGAGCGAGUACAUCAUGAAUGACACCAAUUUCUACUUUGUCCCGGGACAACUGGAUGCUCUCCUAUGUGGGAACAGCUCCGAUUCUGGUCGAUGCCCUGAGGGGUACAUGUGCAUGAAGGCGGGGAGGAACCCCAACUACGGCUACACCAGCUUCGACAGCUUCGGCUGGGCUUUCCUGGCCCUCUUCAGGCUGAUGACUCAGGACUUCUGGGAGAACCUUUACCAGCUUACACUGAGGGCUGCAGGGAAGACCUACAUGAUCUUCUUUGUUCUGGUGAUCUUCGUGGGCUCCUUCUACCUGGUGAACCUGAUCCUGGCUGUGGUGGCCAUGGCCUACGAGGAGCAGAACCAGGCCACCAUGGAGGAGGCGGAGCAGAAGGAGGCCGAGUUCAAGGCCAUGCUGGAGCAGCUGAAGAAGCAGCAGGAGGACGCUCAGGCGGCAGCCAUGGCGACCUCGGCCGGCACGGUGUCAGAGGACCCGGUGGAGGACGACGGUGGGGGCCACCUGUCCCGAAGCUCCUCUGAGGUCUCCAAAUUCAGCUCCAAGAGCGCCAAGGAGCGCCGCAACCGCAAGAAAAAAUGGCGGCAGAAGGAGCAGCUGCACGGCGAGGAGAAGGGCGACAGCGAGAAGUUCGUCAAGUCCGAGUCCGACGACGGCAGCAAGAGGAGCCGCUUCCGUUUCCCUGACAACCGGCUGGGCAGGAAGACAUCCAUCAUGGACCAGUCCCUCCUCAGCAUUCCCGGCUCCCCGUUCAUGUCGCGCCACAACAGCAAGAGCAGCAUCUUCAGCUUCAAGGGCCGCUCCAAGGACGUGGGCUCGGAGAACGAGUUCGCCGACGACGAGCACAGCACGGUGGAGGAGAGCGAGGACCGCCGCGGCUCCCUCUUCAUCCCCUACCGCCGCAACAGCUACAGCGGCUACAGCCAGGGCUCGUCCCGCAUCAACCCGCUGGUCGCCCACUGCAAGCGCAACAGCACCGUGGACUGCAACGGCGUGGUGUCGCUCAUAGGACCCGGGCCGGGCGGACGCCUUCUGCCUGAGCAAGCAACAGAUGUUGACGUGAAGAAGAAGCAUUCGGGCUCCCUGAUGGUGUCUGUGGAGCAGCUCAACACAUCCUUUGGACGCAAAGACCGGGCCAACAGUGCAAUGAGUGUCAUCACCAACACUUUAGUGGAAGAACUGGAGGAGUCCCAGCGCAAGUGCCCGCCAUGCUGGUACAAGUUCGCCAACACCUUCCUCAUCUGGGAGUGCUGUCCUAUGUGGCUGAAGAUCAAGGAGAUCGUCAACCUGAUAGUGAUGGACCCCUUCGUGGACUUGGCCAUAACCAUCUGCAUUGUCCUCAACACCGUCUUCAUGGCCAUGGAGCACUACCCCAUGGAGCCUGACUUUGAGGAAGUGCUGUACGUCGGAAAUCUGGUGUUCACUGGGAUCUUCACGGCUGAGAUGUUUGCCAAACUCGUUGCUAUGGAUCCAUACUACUACUUCCAGGAGGGCUGGAACAUAUUUGACGGCUUCAUUGUGAGCCUGAGUUUGGUAGAGCUGGGCCUGGCUGAUGUGGAGGGGCUAUCUGUGCUGCGAUCCUUCCGAUUGCUGCGAGUGUUCAAGCUGGCCAAGUCCUGGCCGACCCUCAACAUGCUGAUCAAGAUCAUUGGGAACUCGGUGGGUGCCCUGGGAAACCUGACCCUGGUGCUGGCCAUCAUCGUCUUCAUCUUUGCCGUGGUGGGCAUGCAGCUCUUCGGCAAGAGCUACAAGGACUGCGUGUGCAAGAUCGCCCAGGACUGCGAGCUUCCGCGCUGGCACAUGAACGACUUCUUCCACUCCUUCCUGAUCGUGUUCCGGGUGCUGUGUGGGGAGUGGAUCGAGACCAUGUGGGACUGCAUGGAAGUGGCAGGACAGACGAUGUGUCUCACCGUCUUCAUGAUGGUCAUGGUCAUCGGAAACCUUGUGGUACUGAACCUGUUCCUUGCCUUGCUGCUGAGCUCCUUCAGUGCAGACAACCUGGCGGCCACGGAUGACGACGGCGAGAUGAACAACCUGCAGAUCUCCGUCAUCCGCAUCAAGAAGGGCAUCGCCUGGCUGAAGAUCAACAUUCGGGUGCUCGCGGCGACCCUGCUGAAGAAGGAUAAGGAGACGGACGAGGUGAAGCCGCUGGACGACAUGUACGACAAGAAGCUCAACUGCAUCGCCAACCACACGGGCGUGGACAUCAACCGCGAGCUGGACUACCAGAAGAACGGCAACGGCACUACCAGCGGCAUCGGCAGCAGCGUGGGGAAGUACAUGAUCGACGAGGACCGCAUGUCCUUCAUCCACAACCCCAACCUGACUGUGCGCGUGCCCAUCGCCGUGGGCGAGUCCGACUUCGAGAACCUCAACACCGAGGACUUCAGCAGCGAGUCGGACGUGGAGGGCAGCAAAGACUUGGAUGACACCAGCUCCUCAGAGGGAAGCACCAUUGACAUUAAGCCCGAUGUAGAGGACGUAGUGGUGGUGGAGGCUGUGGAAGAGUACCUGGAUCCAGAGGCCUGCUGGACAGAAGCCUGUAUUGCCCGGUACAAGUGCUGCGACGUGCCAAUCACUGAGGGCUGGGGGAAGUACUGGUGGUACCUGAGGAAGACCUGCUUCCUGAUCGUGGAACACAACUGGUUCGAGACUCUCAUCAUCUUCAUGAUCCUGCUCAGCAGUGGGGCACUGGCCUUUGAGGACGUGUACAUUGAGCAGAGGAAGACCAUCCGCGUCAUCCUGGAGUACGCCGACCGAGUCUUCACCUACAUCUUCAUCCUGGAGAUGCUGCUGAAGUGGGUGGCCUAUGGCUUCGUCAAGUACUUCACCAACGCCUGGUGCUGGCUCGACUUCUUCAUCGUGGAUGUGUCUAUAGUCAGCCUUAUAGCAAAUGCCCUGGGCUACUCCGAUCUAGGCCCCAUUAAAUCACUCAGGACACUAAGGGCCUUGAGACCGCUCAGAGCUCUGUCACGAUUUGAAGGGAUGAGGGUGGUAGUCAACGCCCUGGUCGGAGCCAUUCCCUCCAUUAUGAAUGUGUUGCUGGUGUGCCUCAUCUUUUGGCUAAUUUUCAGCAUCAUGGGGGUCAACUUGUUCGCCGGAAAGUAUUACUAUUGUCACAAUGAGACGGCCGAGGAGCGCUUUGAGGCCGACGAAGUCAACAACAAGACCCAGUGCUUCAACCUCAUCAACGCUAACUUCACCGAGGUCCGGUGGAAGAACGUAAAGAUCAACUUUGACAACGUGGGGGCUGGCUACCUGGCCCUGCUGCAAGUGGCCACUUUUAAGGGCUGGAUGGACAUCAUGUACGCUGCAGUAGACUCCAGAAAAGUGGAGGAUCAGCCCAUCUAUGAGGACAACAUCUACAUGUACAUCUACUUUGUCAUCUUCAUCAUCUUUGGCUCCUUCUUCACCCUCAACCUCUUCAUUGGUGUAAUCAUCGACAACUUCAAUCAGCAGAAGAAGAAGUUUGGGGGCCAGGAUAUUUUCAUGACUGAAGAGCAGAAAAAAUAUUACAAUGCCAUGAAAAAACUGGGCUCUAAGAAACCACAGAAACCCAUCCCUCGACCGCUGAACAAAAUCCAGGGGAUGGUGUUCGACUUUGUGACGCAACAGGUUUUUGACAUCUCCAUCAUGAUCCUAAUUUGCCUCAACAUGGUGACCAUGAUGGUAGAGACAGAUGAUCAGACACCUGAGAUGGAGGACAUCCUAUACUGGAUCAACUUCAUUUUCAUCAUUGCCUUCACCAGUGAGUUUGUGCUCAAGCUCUUCGCCCUGCGACAUUACUACUUCACCAUAGGAUGGAACAUCUUCGAUGUGGUUGUGGUCAUCCUCUCCAUUGUGGGUAUGUUCCUGGCAGACCUUAUUGAAAAGUACUUUGUGUCACCAACUUUGUUCAGGGUGAUCCGUCUGGCCCGUAUUGGACGCAUCCUGCGUCUGAUCAAGGGGGCUAAGGGCAUCCGAACUUUGCUGUUUGCGCUGAUGAUGUCACUUCCUGCCUUGUUCAACAUUGGCCUGCUGCUCUUUCUGGUCAUGUUCAUCUUCUCCAUCUUCGGCAUGUCCAACUUCGCCUACGUCAAGAGGGAGGCGGGCAUCGACGACAUGUACAACUUCGAGACCUUCGGGAACAGCAUGAUCUGCCUGUUCAUGAUCACCACCUCGGCCGGCUGGGACGGCCUGCUCCUGCCCAUCCUCAAUCGGCCGCCCGACUGCAGCCUGGAGAAGGAGAACCCCGGCACCUCGGUCAAGGGCAACUGCGGCAACCCCUCGGUGGGCAUCUUCUUCUUCGUCAUGUACAUCAUCAUCUCCUUCCUCAUCGUGGUCAACAUGUACAUCGCCAUCAUCCUGGAGAACUUCAGCGUGGCCACGGAGGAGAGCGCCGACCCGCUGAGCGAGGACGACUUCGAGACCUUCUACGAGAUCUGGGAGAAGUUCGACCCGGACGCCUCGCAGUUCAUCGCCUACGCCAAGCUCUCCGACUUCGCCGACGCCCUGGAGCACCCGCUGCGGGUGCCCAAGCCCAACACCAUCGAGCUGAUCGCCAUGGACAUGCCCAUGGUGAGCGGGGACCGCAUCCACUGUCUGGACAUCCUGUUCGCCUUCACCAAGCGCGUGCUGGGCGACAGCGGCGAGCUGGACAUGCUGCGGCAGCAGAUGGAGGAGCGCUUCGUGGCGGCCAACCCGUCCAAGGUGUCCUAUGAGCCCAUCACCACCACGCUGAGGCGCAAGCAGGAGGAGGUGUCCGCCAUCACCAUCCAGCGGGCCUACCGCUUCCACCUGGCCAGACGCGGCUUCGUCUGCAAGCGCAGGCCGGCGGGCGACAAACUGGAGAACGGGGGGACCAAUCAGGAGAAAAAAGAGGGGACGCCCUCGACUGCCUCCCUGCCUUCCUAUGACAGUGUGACCAAACCUGACAAGGAAAAACAGGAGGAGAAUGAGGGGCGGGGGAGGAAAGAGAGGGGCAGAAACCAAAAAGACGUCAGGGAAUCCAAGUGUUAGAAUACAAUAACAAUAAUUAACUAAUAAUAAUGAAUUAAAAAUAACAAUAAUAAUAAUAUGUUAAAGCAAAGAGAGAGGGAAAACCCCAUGAAAUCACAAUAAGCAGAUUAUUUCAUUUGCAAGUUUAAACAACAAAAAAAAAGAGAAAAAGUGAAAAUACAAAUAAAAUAAUUGUUUACAGACUUCGUUAAUGUAUCAAUGCAGAAGAAACGGCUUGGUUUCUUACAGCUUUGAAGACACUUAAACUCAAUUAAACCAAACAUAAUCAGCUUACUGUGUGACCUUGUUGCAUCAAGACUUAAGAUUUCAAUAAAUAGUUAAGAAAAACGAAGAAUCGAAAGAAGAAGACGACGCUCCCGCGCCGACAAAAAACUCUGUUUGUUGGGUGGGGGGGGACGGGACGUCUGUGACAGAGCGGGGGAAUGUGAGCGGAGCAAGAGGAGGAAGACUCGCGCGAGAUCUCCGCAAUCGCCACACAUGGAUUCCUGUUCAGGAGCAGCGCCAUGGUGGAUUUUUUUUCCCAAAGGAAAUAGCACUGCUGGACUCUUAAAACAACAGCUCAAAGCAGUCUGAAGGGUUCUCUGAGUCAUUUUCAUAUUUAGAAAACGGGGGGGUAGCUGCAAAGCUAAAACAAACGAAACUGAGACAGGUGGGGGAAACGAAAGCUAGAGAGAGAAAAAAAAACCCAAUAAAAAUAUAAGGGUUUUUUUUUUUUUGUUUGUUCAUGCCGAGUAUACUUGCAUCUUACCAUCUGAGCUGCAAAAAAGGGAACUAGGAAAAAAAAAAAUUAAACAUUGCCCACAUUACUUAAUCAUUUUAUCUUUGUUAUACCCGCAUAUAAAAAAAAAUUUUCUACAUGGGCUUUCACACUGAUUGGGAAGGGGGAACUAAUUAGGGCUUUGACCUGGGCUGAAACGGGGACUUGCUCAGUCAGAUUUCCAGAUAAAUAAAUAAUCGUGCUCGUUCAAUGCAUAGAAAUGACUUGCAUGAUGGCAUGUUUUGAUCAGGAAUCUUGCAUGAUUAAACAUAGUCCACAAGACACUAAUACUACAGACCACAACAGUGGCUUGACCAUGAGUUUGAGGCUGUCCACUGGAUAUAAAAGAAUAUAUAAAAAGAUGAAAAAAUUCAGAUAUUAUAUUGAUGGUGAUACACUAUAUUGGAUUUUAAAAGAAAGCUAAAAAUCCAAAGUCAAUCCUGCCCUUAACAAAUGGUACCAUCCAAACAGACAGAUCUCUCUUUGUAGCCGCAUUUGGUUGAAAUAAAUUGCAAACAUUCAGUAGCUGCUGUUUUAAUUAUUGCCAUUAUUGUGGCACAUUAAAUAAGAAACAAUACAAGAAUGUGCUGCUCUGGAUUAUGUGAACGAGAUGAAUGGGAAUGCCUGUUUAUAUAUAGAGAACGAGGAAAAAACAAGAAAUAUGCAGUAAACUACAACAAAUUAUUUCUUUCUACACAGCAAUAUUAAUUUCCACACCUACCAGCUCUGAUAUUUGUUCUUUUUUUCUAUAUUUCUUUUUUUCUGGAAGAGGACACUGUUGGAGUUUGGGUGGGAUAGAUGUUUUUUAGGAGUGUACCGGGCUGAUUAUUUUCAUGUUUAUAUAUAUGUUCUGAAGAUAUGAAUUUGUUUAUCAUUAUUUUACCUUUCCUUUUUCUUUUCUUUUUUUAUGUUGUCUUUUCAUUCUGUGGUACUGCCUAUGCCUAUUUAAUUAUUUAAGCUUUUAUUGUGUGCAUAUUCUUUUUUAUAAGGUAUCAGUUUACACUGUGUCUUUAAGGAAAUGUUAGUGAAUUGAGGGUGUGUUCCAUGGGAAGGUGGAGGGGGAACCAGGAGUUGGACGAGGAGCCCGGGGAGACAGGCCUUGUUGAGUAAGGCAUGCAGUUUCUGGGCUCGGGAGGAGAAAAGAAAUGCAACGCAUGCUGUUUGCACUGCUCCAGUCUGCCCCCAUUACCCAGAAGACACCGCAGAUGCAUUUUGUAUGAAUGUGAGUUGUGGUGUGCGCAAACGACGAUGAGCCAAAAUGGCGUCCUUGUGGCGUGAAGAAACGCACGGGGUGCGCCAAAAUGGCAUUUCAAAAGGCCUUUUGACUUGCGGUGUCAGCGAUUUCCACCAUACGAGUCCCAUCUAAGUGUUAACGGUGGUCGUGACACUGGUGCACUUUGCCCAGUAUGGCACUUCCUGGAGUCCGUUUUUAAUAAAAAUAAUAAUAAAUAAAAAACAGGGCUAGGAGCAUCUCAGUGAUACAUUUUUUGCUUACCAAAGCAGCCUUUAUCAGAAGUGGAGUCAUGCGAUUCUGUUUUUCUUUAUUAUUGUUAUUCUAAUUAUUAUGGUUAAUAGGACUACAGAAUUUGAUUGUAUGCAGAAAAACAAAUGGUUAAUUUACUAAGCCACUGUCCUCAUGUUGCCCCCAAUGAUUAAUCUGUUUUCUGGAGCUUUGGAUGGAACACUGUGAAGGCGGCGCAAAAGGUUUGAACAGCACACGAUUUUAUAUGUGAGGUGGGUGUGGUGUUAUAAUUUUGAUGGAAGCCCUUGAGUCUGACAGCAAAUGUAAAGUGCUCUAUACCCCCUGGUCAGCCAUAAUCCUCAGCAGAGGAGUAACAUCGAACAAAUGCCAAAUAAGCCGAGCACUGGACGCAUCUUACUGUGAGCCGAGACACAACACCAGAGCUUUUUGCACUUCCUGUUGUGCAGUGAUGUCACUUCCUGUCUAUGAAUCCUCCCCCUUUCCUUUUUAAAGAGUUCUUUAGUCCAGUUGCUGCAUGAAGUCUCCAAAUCAGUGUGGGUGUCAACUUGAACCAAAUAAACUCUGAAUGAAAACCAUAAUGACAAUUAUGCCAUCCAUUUUUUGUGCCCAUCUAGGAUAUAAUGUAUAAACGAAAAUACAUGCGUACGUAAAAUAAUGAAAUGAUUAAAAAAAGAUAUGUACAGUAUAGGCUAUAUUGUAAAUGGCACAAAAUGCUGAAAAGUUACGGAUGAACUUUUUAAGAGACUAUAAAUAAUGUAACAUAUUUUAUUUUAUUGGCAUGCAUAGUUUUUGUAAAUACAAAAAUUACUGAAAAAUACUACAGCUAUUAAUCUAAUUACAAAUAGUAAAUAUAACAAAAAUAGAAUGGCUUCCCGCAGACACCCUAUGUCACACUUGUUAGAUUGUGACACAAUUUGUUAGAUUAAGUAGAUUUUUUGGGGGAUACUUUUCACUAUAGAGGGGAAAAUCAACUAAAGAACUAUGUAUCAAAAAAGCAAAAAACUAUAUAUGAAUAUACAUGUAUAUGACCACCGUCCAUCACUUCCCCCCCACCCCUCCUUAACUCUGUUUUAAGCCGUUCUGAUAGUACCUGCUCAUUUAAGUUUUUUUUUGUGCAAUACAUUCAGCAAAUGACCAAAACUAUAGCCUUUUUUUUGGGUCUGCUGCCAUGGAAUGCACACUGUACAAGCAGCUUGUAGAGGAUUGUGUAGCCUGUGGCGAUGAGACAACUGCGCAACCAACAGUAUCGUUUGUACAUUUAUUGUCACCUGCCAAAUAGAAUACGAAUGUGUCCAGAAGUCCCCAGGCAUCCUGGGUGGCUUAUUUUUCUGCUCGAAACCCUCCGGUGUUGCCAGAUUCAUUGGAAUAUAUUCCCCCCAAACACUCCUCAAUGUCCCUCAUCUUCAUUUGACUCUCAAUGCAAAAUUUCCCUGAGACUUCCCUCCCCCCACCCAUAAUCCUAGCGAUCUAGAAUUCUUACUUCUGAUAACCUCCCCCGUGAGUUUGUCAGAAAAUCAUUUGACAAAAUUUGGGAGCAGUAAAACCGUAGUGUGACAACCUCGCCCUCUACCCCGAUAUCAAACCUCUCCCCCCAAAACAUGCAAGUGCCAUUGAAGUUUGAUAUUGAUUUUAUUUGUAUUUUAUUUACUUAUUUUUGUUUUUAUUUUUACAUUAACAGAUUAUUUGUUGUUCUUUUUUAACGGCACGUGCCUUUUUCUGCUUUUUUAUUGUUGAGAAUUCGCCGAAUGAUGCCGCACCAAAACGCUGAACAGUGGAUGGUAGUCUAAAUGGAGCACAAUGCGAAAUCUGUAUCUGACCUUGUGUGAGGAGUCCUAAAACCUGCCUGACGAAUGAACAAAACAUCUAAAAAGACAUCAUUAACAGUUUUUUUUUUUUUUUUUGUUUAUUUAUUUUUUAAAUUCGCAUUAUUUACCGAACAUGACCUCAAGCAUUCUUUCCCCCCGCUUUUUUUACAGGCCAUAUUGGCUAGUGAAAAAGCAGCUUGCCUUUUGAUUGGGCGUUCCGUUUUAUGCUUCUGUUCAUUUCGCACUUAACGUUCUUUUUUCGUAUGGAUAAUCAUUUCUUGUAACCAUUUUAUUUUUUGGCAUGACUGAGAUGCUAUUUUAUUUCGUUGUUGAAAUACUUGAGAACUGCUUUUUGAUUGUUGUUAUCAUUUGCCACGAAUAAAGCGGGAGAGAUAGUGUGUUGCACAACCACUUGGACUCUUAGCAAGAAUUUAUGAAAGAUUGUCUUCAUUUGAGCACGAACCUUUUUCUUAACAAUAAAGCAGCCUUCCAGUUA